AUGGCGGACGUUGAGAGCCCAGUUAUCCCCCAAGAGACUUUCAAGCCAGAAGAAUCAUCUCUGGAUACAUUAGAUGAUACUCCUGUCACUCCUAUCACCCCUGUUGAAGCUCCCAUUGAGGGCACCGCAGAUGCUGUGCCAGAUGAAACUACCGGAGCAGGAUCGGAAGUAGAUACAGAGACAGAGAAAGAAUCUGUCAAGAGCAACGAUGCAGGCAAGACCGCAACAGGAGCUAUAAGUGGUGUGAAGAAGGAAAAUGUACUUCCCAAAAGAGCUGGCUCAUCUGCGGCACCAAGACGUCCAAUUUCAGGAAGCGCAACCAGACCCACGGCCUCUUCUGGGAUCAAACCCACAUCUUCAUCCGCAACAAAGACUACAGGAGGUUUGAGCAAACCGCCAACGCGCCCAGCAACUGGAUCUAUUGUGCGAAAGCCUACAAGCAGUGCAACAGGAGCUACAUCUUCCAGUGCCAGUCAUAGAGCUCCAUCUGCUGCUGGAACUCAUGCAGACGAUAAAAAACCUGCCGCUACCUCUGCACGACGAGUUUCUCUUGCACCAAGCCAUACCAAUACUUCAAAGACGCCUGGUACAGCGGCUGAAGCCCGGGCCAGACCUGCCUCUAUGCACGCUACUACUACUACAACCACAGCAGCAACAACAACCGCAAGAAAACCUGUUGCAUCCACGACAACAGCUGGUCAAACCAGUCCAAAGGCUGUGAAGACUCCUAGUACAACUGCCCCAAAGCCAACGAGUGCUUCUGCCACAACUACCACUCGCCCAGCACACUCUUCUAAGCCUUCGAUUAGCGCCCUUAGCAGCGGCGGUGCAGUUUCGGAAGCUAGAAAGCGUCUCAACGCUCUUCAAAGUGGUAUAUCGACCCACCCAGCACCAAAGCCAUCAGUAUUGUCAUCCUCUCGCUCCGUCAGUGGAACACCAUCUGCGACAGCGACAGCAACUGCGGCCGCAUCCACAAAAGAAGUCGAUGAGUUGAAGACGAAAUUGGCGGAGAGUGAGACCAAGGUCGAAGAAUUGAAGAAGGAAAUUACCACAUCACAAGAAAGACUUCUUGAUCUUGGCAAAGCUGCUGAAGAAGAGUCGAAACGUAUUUCGGAUGCCGAGGAAACUAUUCGCGCAACACACAACGAACUUGUCGAGAAGCUCAAUGCCGAUCACAAAGCCAUUCUAGAGAAUUUGCAAGCCCAAUUGGUGGAAGCCGAGAAUGCCAAGGCAGCAGCUCAAGAAGCUUCUUUGGCGGCUAUUGAGGAGGCAAAAGAAGCUGCGUCUUCUAGAGGUGCCACUGAGCAUGUGGAAGCUUUAGAAAAGUUAAAGACUGAACAUAGUGCCGCCUUGGAGGCAUUGAACGCUGAGUUAGCGGCUGCCAAAGAUACACAUGUUAGCGAGCACGCAAAUGCUUUAGAUGCAGUCAAUGCCGAAUUGGCUGCCGCUAGAGAAGCAAAUGCCGGUGCUAUCGCUGCAGCCGCUGAGAAAGAGGCUGAAAUCACAGAUUUGAAAGUUCAGCUCGAGCAGGCUAUUGCAGAAUGUGCAGCUGCAACCGAAUCAUUGAAAGCUCUACAGGCCGAGCAUGAUGAGAAAGUCAAAGUCUUAGAAUUAGACUUUGAGUCCAAGGCCAGUAUGCAUGCAGACUCUCUGGAAGAGUUGAAGAAAACCUUGGCGGAGGAGCACAAUGCUGCCAUGGAGGCAUUGAAGUCUGCCCAUUCGGAGGAACUUUCAAGAGGAAACACCGAUGCUUCCUCAACUUAUGAAACACAAAUUUCUGAGUUGACCAACAAACAUGAAGAGAAUCUAUCCGCAAUCCAAAAGCAGCUUGAAACCCAAGCUGGCGAACAUGCAAGCGCCUUGGAACAAUUGAAGAAGACUUUGACCGAAGAGCACAUCAUUGCUCUUGAUGCAUUGAAGUCCGCUCAUUCGGAGGAGCUUGCGAAGGGCAAUACUGAUGCUUCCUCCACUUACGAAUCUCAGAUCGCUGAAUUGACCACGAAACACGAAGAGAGCUUGGCUGCUGUUCAAAAACAACUUGAUGAAGUUCUCGAGGCUCAAAGAUCUUUGGAAUCUGCUCAUGCCGAGAAGGUUCUAAGUCUGGAAAGUGAGGUCACCAGUCUCAAAGAAAGUCUCGAAAAGAGCUCCGUAGCAUUGGCAUUAUCAGAAAAGGAAAUUUCUGAAGCUAAGGCUGAGGCUGAGGCUGCCAGAAAGGACCUUGCCUCUGCACAAGAGCAAGUUGUCGAAUUGACUGAAAAACUCAAUGGCUUGCAAUCUACUGGAACCGAAUCCGAAUCCGCACUCGCCGCAGCUAAAGAGGAAUUAGAAAAGUCCAAGCAGGAAGUCAUUGCACUUCAAAACACCUUGGAACAAUUUGGUUCUGAUAAAAAGAGCAAGGAUGAAUUACACAUGAAGAUUAAGGAGGAGCUUGCAACAACAGUCCAGUCAUUAGAUGAGAAAACCAAGGAAAUUUCCGAACUUUUGGACAAGCAUGCAUUGGAAACUUCAACGCUCAAUGAGAAGCACUUGAAAGAACUGGAAACCAUUUCGAAUGAUUAUCAAAAGGAGAUUGAUGCAUUAUCAGGAGACUCUGGCAUCAGAGACGAAUUCAAUGCGUUGAAGACGAAGCAUGAGGAACUCACCAAGGCCCAUGCGGAGGUUUUGAAGGCUCAUCAAGAAGAACUCGAGAAGGCAAAGCAAAACCACGCUGCAGCCAUUGUUGAGCUCGAUAUUAAUGAAAAGGCCCAUCAACGUGCAUUGGACGAGUUGAAGACAAACCAUGCCAAGGCAUUGGAUGAGGCACAUGACAGAGCUAUAUCUGCUAGUCAUUCUUCUCACUCCUCAGAAUUGCAACAGCUCGAGCAUAGUCAUGCCGUUGCCAUUGCCGAUUUAAAAUCCGACUUUGAGAAGACUCAUGCAAAGGCAUUGGACGACGCACACAGCCAAGCAACUUCUGCUGCUCAAGCCGCACACCAGCAGGAAUUGGAGAAAUUGACUUCUAACCACGCUGAAGAUAUCGCUGCCUUGAAGGCUCAACAUGCUUCAGUUCAAUCAACUCAUGAAGAAGCUAUUGCAGCCUUGAAGGCAGAACACGAAGCCAAUAUCGCCACCGCCUCGUCAGACGUGGAGAGUCAAAAGAUCGCACAAAAGGCCUACGAUGAAGAGCUGGAAAAGUUGAUUGAGAACCAUGCUGCAGAUAUCGCUGCAUUGAAAGCUCAGUAUGCAAAUGCUCAGUCAACUCAUGAUGAAGAAGUCGCUGUUUUGAGAGCCGAGCAUGAAGCCAAAUUGGUUGUUGCUUUGUUAAAUAUCGAAAGUCAAAAGGGUGUUCAACAAGCUCAUGAACAGGAGUUGGAGAGAUUGCUUCAAAGUCAUGUGGAGGACAUUGUUGCUUUAAAAGCUCAACAUGCUAAUGCCCAAUCGACGCAUGAUGAGCAAAUCGCUGUCUUGAAAGCUGAGCAUGAAACCAAUUUGGCUAAUGCUUCCUCAGAUCUUGAAACCCAAAAGGGUGUUCAACAAGCUCACGAACAGGAGUUGGAGAGAUUGCUUCAAAGUCAUGCGGAGGACAUUGCUGCUUUAAAAGCCCAACAUGCUAAUGCCCAAUCGACGCAUGAUGAGCAAAUCGCUGCCUUGAAAGCUGAGCAUGAAACCAAUUUGGUUAAUGCUUCUUCAGAUCUUGAAACCCAAAAGGGUGCUCAACAAGCUUACGAACAGGAGUUGGAGAGAUUGCUUCAAAGUUAUGUGGAGGAUAUUGCCGCUCUGAAAGCCCAGUACGCUAAUGCUCAAUCAACUCACGAUGAAGUGAUUGCCGCUUUGAGAGAACAGCAUGAAACUAGUCACGCUACUGCCUCUUCGGAUCUUGAGAAACAAAAGGCUAUUGAGGCCGAAUUGCAAGAUGAGAUCGCCAAGUCUAAACAGUCUUUGUAUACAGCACAAGAUGAGUUGGAAGCCCUCAAGCAAGCUUUGGCUGCCGAAAAGAUUGCUAAGGCCAAUGCUGAGGCUGAUUUGGAGGCUGCAAGAAAUGUGAAAUUGGAUACUUCCGAACUUGAUGCCUUACGUCAAGAAUUACAAGCUCUCAAGAACCAACAUGAGGCUGCUCUUGCAUCAGCCCAACAAGAAGCAGCAAUGGCCACUCAAGAGCUUACAGCUAGCAAAUCACAGUUGGAGACAGCAAAGGCAGAACUCGAGAAAGAGAAAGCUGUUCUUGAACAAAAAGUUAAGACUAGCAAGGAUGACUACAAGACAAUGCAUGAGUCUAUGACGGAGCUCCUUGAAGAGACUAGCAAAGAUUGUGAAACUCUUGAUGCUCGGUUGAAAGAAGCAGAAGCUCAACUCAAAGUCAAAGAUGCUGAACUUGCAGAGGCAAAGACCAAGCUCUCAACUACAUCCCCACCAAAAACACCAACAUUCGGAGGACUUUUUUCUAGGGGAUUCGCCGAUACCGAUGGUAAGGAUUCCGAGGGAACGGGUGAAAGCACAGAUGCAGUGGUUACACCUGAAAGUGAGCAUGAUAAUUCAUCGGCCGCGUUAGCUUCGUUAGCAAAAGCUAGAGUUACUGUUGAACAAUUGGAAAAGAUGAAUGAUGAUUUGAAAAAGGAUAAUAUGAGGUCACUAGAAUCAAUUUCAGACGUCUCUGGGCCAGCUCGUAAUGAAUAG